AUGGAAAUACAGCCCUCAAAGAUAAGCAGUCACUUGUUCCUGAGAACACGAGAAUCCAGUUUUCAGAAGCUGCCCAGGCCUGCAGUACCUCCACAUGAUCUCACGCUUUGUGUCCCGUGGACUACUGCUGCCGUGGCUGCCAAGCCCACGCCAGUCGAAACACCGAGGAGCGAUGUGACAAAGAACCUCCUCCCCAGGGAGCGGCAGUGCCCCGGCCAAACUGCCGGUGCCGGGCUGUCGCUGUUACACAGUUGCUAUUGCCGGUGCCGGGCUACCGAUGGGCGCUGCCCAGCCCUGCGUGUGCCGUGGGAGGUGCUGUUAUCGGGCGCCACAUCGCCACCUCCUCGCCGGGGAGGCGCCUAUGACACCCAUUCCCCCGCAGCGGCGGCUGUGGGAACAGCCGUGACCCCCGGGCGCCACCGCGGACCCGCCGCCGCCGCCACCUCCCGGGGAGACGACACCCCUGCCCGCUGGGGUUUUAUUACCGCAUUUUAUUACCGCGGAGCCUCGGGACGCCGGCCGUGGCGCCGGGAACAGGAGGAAGAGGACAGGCACCCCCACGGCCACGCCCCCGCCGCCGCUGCCCGGAGACCCCGCCCCCAGCCGGCCCCGCCCCUACCUGAAGGAAGACCCCGCCCCCAGAGGCGCGGGCGAACCCCCACGGAAGCGGAGCCCGGCCGGGCCCGGCGCGCGGGUCACGUGACUGCUGGUCGAGGUGCAUUGUGGGGGCCCUGCCCCCGGCGGGCGGGGCACGGGAACUACAGCUCCCAGAACCGCCCGCGGCGCCUCACGGCCCUCACAGCCCAGGGUGUCUCCCGAAAUGUCCGAUUUAAAACACAAAGGGAAAACCGCCGCACUGCCACCUUCUGGUCCUUUUCCCAGCUGGCACCGUGCUCUCCUGCCUUUGCUUGCGCGAUCUCCUGCCUGUAGUUACCGGCCACGACCCGCUCGGUACUGAAAAGGUGUCAGCUGGUUUUGCUUUUCAAGACCGUUAAUUACCCUGAGCACUGAGUGCCUCAAACGAGUGUCUUACACUGUACGGAAAAUCACAGAAUGACACAAUUGUCGGUGUUGGAAGGUACCUCUGGAGAUCAUCCAGUCCAACCCCCCUGCCAAGGCAGGGUCGCCUAGAACAGGAACACGUCCAGGUGGGUUUUGAAUGUCUCCGGAGAGGGAGAAUUUCACAACCUCCCUGGGCAGCUUGUUCCAGUGCUCUGCCACCCUCAGUGUAAGGAAGUUCUUCCCCACGUUUAGGUGGAACUUCAUGCGUUUGACUUUACGGAGCCCUAACUGGGGAGUUGACUCAUUCGUAGCCUUCCUUACCUGUGUUUCUUAGCACAAGUUUAAAGCCAAUUGAACUGUGCUUAUACAGGCAGCAACAGAGCCCUCCAGCAAAUUAUCCUCAGACAGUGUGAGGCGUCUGAAUCUUCAGAUAGGGUCAGCAAUAGGAAUUCUCUCUGAGAGGACAUGCUGGAAGAGCUCAGUCCUUAAAAAUGUUCUCAGUCCUAGAACUUGCCACCGGCUGCUGCAAGAGAGGAGCCCUGAAGAAAAGAUACAAGGACUCCCUGAAACAACAUCUCAGCCUUGGCCAUAUUGAUCAACAUAACUGGUCUACUGUGGCCUCCAAUCGGGAGGCCUGGAGACACACCAUCUAUAAUGCUGCUGUUUCCUUUGAGAACGCAUGCAGGAUCACUCUCGAGGAGAAAAGGCAACGCAGAAAGAACCAUGUCUUGCAGAAUAUACCACCUAAGGAGUCUUUCUGCUGUGCCUUUUGCAAUUGGACAUGUCUAUCUCGUAUUGGCCUCAUUAGCCACCAGUGUGCUUGUAACAAAUGUGGAUAGAGCCUUUCCCAAAUCUUCAUUCGUGAAGCCCAGCCAUGAUAUGAUGGGCUAGAAAUGCCACCGGUGGAACAGCAAGUUCAAGAUGACGAGGGGACACGGUCUUUAGCUGCACCAGGGGAGGUUUAGGUUGGUCAUUAGGAAUAAUUUCUUCACCGAAAGCAUGAUUAGAUAUUGGAACGGCUGCCCAGGGAGGUGAUGGAGUCACUGACCCUGGAUGUGGCCCUCAGUGCCAUGGUCUAGUUGACGAGAAGGUGUGUUGAGUCACAGGUUGGACUCGAUGAUCUCAGAGGUCUUUCCCAACCUAAUUGAUUCUGUGACUCCGUAGCUCCGGGAGGUGAAAGCUGGGAGCGGUCGGCAGAGGGACCGUCCCCCCGCGGCACUGGGGGCCGUGCCGGUGUCCCCGCAGUGCCCCUGGCGGGGGUGCGGGGAGGGACCUCGGCAGUGCCGGUCCCCGCCCGCAGGGGGCAGCGCACCCCGCGCUCCGGAGCUCGCCGCGGCCGCUCCUUUCCCAGCUCCCGAGAUCUCCUUGCGGAAGCACCCGAGGUAAGGCACAGGUCUGAUGGACCUGCCUUCAUCCUCGCGACAGAUGUGCCCAGGACAGCUAUCGAUCUUAGUUAAACGGGGGCCCUGCUGCCGCGUGUAGUUGGAUGCAGCUCUCUGUGUCAUUUCCGACCUGGAUUCCAGUCCUGAGUCGUUAGCUUGCAGGAACUUAAUUUUCAAGGCAGGCAAUAUUAUUAGCAGGGUGUGCCUACCUAGCCUUAGUGAUUAACGAGUUCAGCCCCACCAAGUCUAUUUCCUGGCGCUGUCGCUAUUGCAUUUCUGGUCAUCACUUGUCUCCUCAGUGCUCCUUAUCAUUGAUGGCUUUGUGGACUCGAAUGCUCAGCACGUUUCCUAGCUGUGGCUGGUAGCCUAAGCUGGUUUUCCCCAUGUGACAGUAGUUUGCUGCCUAGAGAGAUGAAUUUAUCAAGUAUCUCUACAACUUGUCUACUUGAAUUUCUUCCACCUACAACGAGAUCUUAGUUUUCACUUGAGAAGUGUAUUGUUCAUAACUGUAUGUUUUCUGAUGAAGACUCUUAGACAUUAUUCACACACCAGCUGCAAAGGGGGCGUAAUCUGCAUUACCCACAGUGAAAACAUCAACCAAAACUUUACUGGUGUUUGCAAGCACAUGUCUCAAUAUGAAGCUAUCUCAUGGCUUAACAGAUGUGCAGCUAGGAUGCAUGCCUAUCUCUGUCUAGACCUUAGAUGAUACCAAGAGAAUGAUUCUCCAGUUGUACCCUGAUCCUGAACCUUCUCAUGGAUCUUGAAUUAGACCUAAGGGGCUAUUAGAUGGCAGUGCCUCAUCAAGACUUGCAUAGCAUGUUGUAGCUGUGAGACUCAAUGGCCACUUUGAGUCCAAGAAUGGGAGCUGUCAAAGGGAGAUUGCAUUUGAAAUGACUCUCAGGUGAAGGACAGGGACUGCAUGUUCACUGAAGGUCACUCUGCAGUGAAAGUAAUUCUAUGCAACAGGACACAGUUUGGGUCUGAGGAGCUGGGUCAGUUCCAAUGCAUUAAGAUCAGUGUUGUUGAAAGAUAUCUGUGAUAGACCAGUGGAAUACUGACAGAUCACCUGUGGGAAUAAACAGCCCAAGGGUGUCUGCAUGGUGGCACCUUGUACUCAUGGAAGCAUGACAUUGCUGUAGCAUCACCUUCCAGAAAAGAGCACAGUCUGGGACAUACCUGUUCACAGGAGGUAAAGUACUUACUGCUGGUUUGCAAGGAGCAGCAUAACAAGGUCUCAUUUGGAAACUUUAAUUCAACUCAAGAAGAUCCAGUAAUUUUUCUAAGUGAGACGAUCUGUGAAGAUCAUGCCUGCAAAGAACUGUGAAGGCAAGCAGCUAGGCUCCCUUUAUUGAAUGUGCUAAGAGCAUGAAAUAUAUCUCUUAUAUUUACAGUUAUAGAAAUAAAGUUAUAUUCUAGAAAUAUAACUUAGAUUGUUAUCAUAGCAAUAAAGUAGGCCUGUGAGUUA